AUGGCGCAACUGGACGCUUGUUUCAAACUGCUUCAACGCCGAGAUGAGCUACAACAACUGAAGAUGCAAGAUUUGGAACAGAAAAUAACGGAUCAUACACUGGAGCACACGAAGCAGAUGCAACAGCUACGCCAGGAACACAGUAAUGAAAUGCAUGAGAAUCAACAACUUUUUCACAAAGAAAUACUUCAGGCCAUCAAACGCGCCGAGUUAGCUACCGUGGAGGCAAAAAAAUUAAGCCUGGAAGCUACCAACCUGAAGUCUAUCAUGGAAGCAGAAAUGAAGGCGAAGACGGAAGAAAUUGGACGUUUGAAAAAAGUACUUGGAGAAAAAGAAAGGACUGAAUGUGAACCCCAGCAUGAAACAGGCCCAGUCAAGAACCAUUCGCAACAGGAGAUUGCUCGACUCAUCAACGAACGUGAUGCUGCUGUCAGCAAACACUCUGUUUUAACGACGAAACUGGAGGCCGUGGAAGCUUACAUGAGUGAGUUGGAAAGCCGUGAAAUGAAUGACAGCAAAAAAUUUCUUGCGCUCCAAUGUGAACUCCGUGAGGCAAAUCAGCGAAAUAAGAAACUGAAGCGCCAUCUAGAGGAUGUCGUAAAGUGGAUCAAUAACUUUAACGCGAUGGUGGCAGAGUACUUUGAUUUACCAGUGGAAAAAUUCUCGGGAAAUUCUACUCGAAUAGAGCGGCUUCACGCUUUUGCCAAAGAAGUGCAAUUAAAAUGUAAAUCGGUCGAGUUCACUUCCCAUCAAAAAUCCCUGGGAGGGAAGCUAACUUACACUUCACCAUGCAAUUUCAACAAGACGAAGAGACGGUUGCCAGAGGAAAAACAGCAGCUGAGUGAUGUACAUGAAGAACUGGGUGUGUGCCUUGAGCUUGAAUAG